AUGAUAAAGCAGAGCAGCCGGAAAGUGUACUGGCGGUGGCUCAAAAUCGCACUCUACACGUUAAGCGUCCUGUUGGGCCAAUCCGCCGCGCUUCUCCUCGGCAGGCUCUACUUCCUCAAGGGAGGCAGCAGCAAAUGGCUCUCAUCAGUCGUCCAAGUCAUUGGCUUCCCAAUUCUCAUCCCAUUCUACCUCCUCACAACAACAACAACAACAACAACCGCCGACGACGGCGGCGGCAAUAAACCACCACUUCCGUCUCCCUACACGCUCGGCGCAAUCUACGCAUCCCGCGGCCUGCUCGUCGGAAUCUGCACCUUCCUCUUCUCCGUCGGCCUCCAGUACCUCCCCGUCUCAACUUACACGCUCCUCUGCGCUUCCGUACUAGCAUUCAACUCCUUCUUCUCCUACUUCAUCAACGGCCAGAAAUUCACCCCUUUCAUCGUCAAUUCCCUCGUCUUGCUCACCAUUUCCUCCGUCCUGCUCGUAUUUAACAACGAGGAAUCUGCUUCCUCAUCGGCUCCGAACAGGGGAAACUACGUUGUCGGAUUCCUCUGUACAUUGGCAGGAUCGGCUCUGUUCGGCCUGCUGUUGUCCGCCACGCAGUUCGUGUUCGUUAAGGUUAUCAAGCGGCAAACUUUUAAGCAUAUGAUGGACAUGGUAAUCUACGAGAACGUGGUUGCCUGCGGUGUUACUGUGGUGGGACUUUUUGCUAGCGGGGAGUGGAAGGAGCUGGGGAGGGAGAUGGGCGGCUAUGAACUGGGGACGGCGUCGUAUUUGAUGACGUUGAUUUGGGUUGCUGUGUUCUGGCAGAUGUAUGCUCUGGGAGCUAUGGGCUUGAUAUUUGAGGUGUCUGCUCUGUUCUCGAAUUCGAUUAGUGUUGUGGGGCUGCCGAUUGUGCCGGUUGCGGCGGUGUUCUGUUUUCGUGACAGGAUGAGCGGGGUGAAAGGGGUUUCUAUGGCUUUGGCGGUAUGGGGAUUCGUUUCGUAUAUGUAUCAGUGUUAUUUGGAUGAUCGGAACUCCAAAGUUGUCACUAAGUCAGUUGAUGAGACCUCUCCUCGGAUGAGUUCAUAA